AUGUCGAAAAGAAUGCAGAAGAUGGCUCAGAAUGCUUUUGAAAUAGCCCAACAGCAAGAAAGGGCAAGAAACGGUGAUUCAGACAGUUCAGAUGAUGAUGGUGCUAUCAUCAAUCCUCGUAAAAGAUUUGGAAAUGAAGACGGUGAAGAUAAUAACAGUAAUAGUGAAUUUGAAGAUGAAGAAUUAGAUUCUGAUGAAGCACUAGGUUCUGACGAUGACUUUGACAUCUUGAAUACAAAAUUUUCACAAACAAUCAGAGAUAAACAAAAGAAAAUAAAGAAAGGUGAAAUCGAAGAAGGUGAUGAUGAUGAAGAUGAAGGUUGCCAAAGUGUUGAUGAAAGCCAAUUUUUACCACUAUCAGCUGUAUGGGAUCUUGAUGAUAAAGACUUGAUUGACUCUAAAGAUACUAAAGAUGUCAUUCUUGAUGAUAACUGGCAAAGUGAAUCUGAAUCUGAAGAUGAAACAUCUGAUGAAUCUGAAGAUGAAGAGGAAGAGUUCCCAUUCGAAAACCAAUCUGGUGAUGAGGAUGAGGAUGAGGUGGAAUUGACAAACUUGAAGAAACAGCUUACGAAGAAAGACAAAAGAACAAAAAGUCAAUAUCAAGACCUUCAUAUCCAAGAGAAUGAACUCGCUUUACCAGGUGGAGGUAAUGAAAUCACUUUAGCCGAUAUGUUGUCAGUUGUUGAUAACGAUGCAUCAAAGAAGGCAAUGUUAAUUGAUAAAGAAGAAACUGAAGAGAGUGGGAAGUCAUUAGCAAUUCCACUUCCAAAAAGAAUUCAAGAUAGACAUGAACGUAAAGCUGCCUAUGAGAUUUCUAAAGAUGAAGUGAAUAAAUGGAAGGAAACCGUCAAACAAAAUAGAGAAUCUGAGGUUUUGUCAUUUCCUAUGAAUAAGCAAAUUGAACAUAAUGCACCAUCUACGUUCCAAGAAACACCAGCGUUAACUGAUUUGGAACAAAAAGUUAACAGUGUGUUGAAUCAAUCAUCAUUACUUGAUGACAAGAAGGAGUCAACAUUCGAAGAAAUUGCUACAGCUAAAAUGAGUGUUGAAGAAUUGCGUAAGAGACAAAAUGAAUUAAGAAAGAUGAGAGAGUUGAUGUUUAGAAAUGAAAGAGAAGCAAAAAGAAUCAAGAAAAUCAAAUCAAGAUCUUAUCGUCGUAUUAAAAAGAAGGAAAUGCUAAAAAAUAAAUCUUUAAUUGAAGGAGAAGAAAGUGAUGAUGAUGAACAUGAUUCCAAACGUGCCCAAGAAAGAAUGUCUUUGAAACAUAAAAACAACUCAGCUUGGUCAAGAUCUAUGAUCAAAUCAGGGUUAUCAAAAGAUCAAGAGGCUAGAGAAGAAAUGGAGGAAAUGUUGAGACGUGGUGAGUCGUUAAAAUCUAAAAUUUUAGAUCGCGACGAAGAUGAAGACGAAUUUGGUGAUUCUAAUGAUUUGAAUUUGGAUAAGGAUGUUGAUUAUGACUCAGAAACUGAAGCUCGUGAGAACCUAGGUAAAACUGGGGUACUUAAUAUGGCAUUUAUGAAAAAUGCAGAAGCAAGAGAGCGUACAAGAAAUGAAGAAACUAAAAAUAAUUUAAGAAGAUUACAUGAGAAUGAAGAUAUUGAAGAAUUUGACGAGUCUGAAAGAAAUAAUGCCAUCAACGUUCAUAUCAAUCCUGGUAGAAGAAUCUAUACACCGGGAUCUGGGAAAUCCAAUGCGGAAAUGAAGGAAUUAUCUCAAACUGUUUUAGAUGAGGAUGAAAUUGAUAAUUCGAAAAAUUUAACAGCUAGAUUAUCUAAAAGUGACAAAAAACAGGAUUCUUUAUUAAACAGAGAGGCUGAAAAGCAAAAAAUAUCCACAAAGGAAAACGCUGAUGAAGAUGAAUCUAAUCCAUGGUUAACUGUCUCAAAUAAUGUUCAAAAAUCUAGAAAAAUACAUGUCACAGAUAAAGAGAGCUCUAAACUUGAGAAGAAUGAAUCAAAGAUGAGUAAACAGAGAAAGAGAAAAGCUAAAGAAAUUGAAGAACCAGAAGAAAUAAUAGACGUUAAUGAAACGUUGAAAAUUGUUGACCCUCAUGGUGAUGAUUCGGAUGCUGGUUCAGAUGUUGAUGCUUCAAAAAUACACAUGUUUAAACAACAAGAUUUGAUCAAACAGGCAUUUGCUGGUGACGAUGUUGUUGAAGAAUUCGAAGCUGAAAAGAGACAAGUUAUUAGAGAUGAAGGUGAUCAAGUUGAAGAUUUAACAUUACCAGGUUGGGGUGACUGGGCUGGGGGUAAAAAUAAGAAACCAAAGAAGAAUAAAAUUGUUAAAAGAACUAAAGGUGUUGAUUUUGACAAGAGAAAAGAUAAAAACUUGAAGAAUGUUAUCAUUAAUGAAAAAGUCAACAAGAAGAAUGCUAAGUAUCAAUCAUCAGCUGUUCCUUUCCCAUUCGAAAGUAGAGAACAAUACGAAAGAAGUUUAAGAAUGCCAAUUGGACAAGAAUGGACAUCAAGAGAGACACACCAAAGGUUAACAAUGCCAAAAGUUACAAUCAAAUCUGGUGUUGUUAUUGAUCCACUGAAAGCACCAUUUAAGUAA